AUGUGGCCGGACGCAGAUUCUAAAGAUGAGCUUGUAACCGUCAUACAAUCAGUCAAGCCUCCCACCGUCCCCGCGCAUCGCUCUCACGACCCCGCCAAUAACCUCAAGCGCACUGAUCCCUACCAGUUCGGCUCCCGCUACCUCGAAGAAGGCGACGACGUCUUCGAAUUCAACGCCUGGGACCAUGUCGAGCCGGAUGACGAGUUCAAGGCCUUCGCCGAAGUGCAAUACGCCAAGCAGCGCGAAUCCCCCGUCUCGGACUUCGACAAGCAGCGCUUCAACAAGGACCCCGCGAAAUGGUGGAAUCUGUUCUACAAGAACAACACGGCCAACUUCUUCAAAGACCGCAAGUGGCUGCGCCAGGAGUUUCCCGUGCUCGCCGAGGUAACGCAGAAGGGCGCGGGCAGGAAGGUGGUGCUUGAGGUUGGUGCCGGUGCGGGCAACACGGCGUUUCCGCUCAUCACGCAUAAUGAGAACGAGGAGUUGAUGGUGCAUGCGUGUGAUUUUUCCAAGACGGCGGUUCAGGUUAUGCGCGAGAGCGAGCACUAUGAUCCCAAAUUUAUCUCCGCGGAUGUGUGGGAUGUGACUGGCGUGCCGGAUGAGGAGAAUAACGGACUUCCUCCGGGGUUGACGGAGGGGUCGGUAGAUGUGGUCAUUCUCAUCUUCAUUUUCUCGGCUCUAGCGCCCAGUCAAUGGGACCAGGCUAUUCGGAAUGUCUAUCGGGUAUUGAAACCGGGUGGGCUCGUUCUGUUCCGCGACUAUGGGCGCGGCGAUCUGGCUCAGGUGCGAUUCAAAAAAGGCCGGUACAUGGAUGAGAAUUUUUAUGUCCGCGGCGACGGCACCAGGGUCUACUUUUUCGAGAAAGAACAGCUGGAGAAGAUGUGGGGGACAUGGACGCCAGAGAGGGGCCUGCAGAUGGCCGAGGACAACUCCAUCGCGGCGGAGUCCACCGAGGGCGCAUUCGAUGUCGAGAAGAUAGGCAUCGAUCGACGCUUGAUUGUCAAUCGCCAGCGGAAACUCAAGAUGUACCGCUGCUGGAUCCAAGCUCAUUACAGAAAGCGCGAGACACCGGCCGCUGUGGAAGCUGAAAAGACGGAUUCGUGA